AUCACUUUUCCCCAAAAAAAUUGUAAAAAAAAAAGAAUAUCACAUCGUUCACCCCUUCAUCUCAAAAUCACCACUAGAUCCAAUUCAAAGAACAAAAUCACCAAACGAAAUUUACACGAUGCCCCAACCAAACCAGCACCGCCGCGCGCCGCCGCCGCAUCGGGUGCUGAACCGGAGCCAGAGGAAACUCCUCCUCUUCUUCCUCAAAUGCGUAAUCAUGGCAGUCGUCACGUCCCUCUUCCUCUUCUUCCUCGGCUUCGCGGCAAUCCUCCUCAUCAACUUCCUCUUCAUGUCCAACAACUUCACCCGCCGCUGCUGCAAUCGCCUCCUCCGCCCCGCCCCCGCUGACCCCGAGCCCUUGCCCGAUUUCGACGCCUUUCUCCCCGCCGUCGCGUAUCGCGUCGCCGAUUCGCCCAAUUCGUCGGAUUGCGCGAUUUGUUUGGAGUCAUUUCGGGAGGGGGAGAGCUGCAGGGAAAUCCCGAUUUGCAGGCACUUGUUUCAUUCGAAUUGCGUGGAUAGGUGGAUUGGGAGGAAACCGAAUUGCCCCGUGUGCCGGACCCGGGUCGACCUGGAUCCGCCUGGCGGAGACCGGUGGAAGAAUGUUUGGGCGGUUAAUUUAGAGGAUUGAUGGAUUAGAAUGUGUGUAAGUUUUUUGCAAGGUGGUAACUUUUUUGAGCUUAAUGUAUAUAUUACCUAUCUUUGAAGAUGAUCUGAUGUGGUUUUAUUUUUUUUA